CCGCUGUUUCGAUGUGCAACAGGUUGCCCAACAGCAUGAACCGGGAGUCGGAAGAGACAAAGUCUGGGGGAAGAGAAGGAAUAAAUCGUUAACGUUUUAAGUACAUCCCGGUAUUCCGUACGCCGGACCCAAGAACCGUGAACGUAAGCACGUGAUCAAAAAGCUCGAGUUCCAUUGAUCUCAUUUUGCUUUCGAAACAUGGGAUGAUCAUACGUUACAACCUCUCCGCACGGAACGGUUCGAAGUUCGAUUUGCCGUUCCGGAUCUGCUCCAGUUUUAUCGGUCAAUUCGCUUUUUUUUUUGUUGGUUGGUUGUUGUUUGCUUUGGCACUUCGUUUGUAGUUUCUCACGUACCGGCGGUCUCUACCCCUAUUUACGUUACUACUGCGGCACCAUAUUACCCGAAGUGUGAAGGAAAGAGUUUUAAUUAAAUCACAAUCAACCAACGUGUGCAUUCGCACACACACACGCACACAUAUUCCUCUGUGUGUCCGAAAAGCUUCAAACAUCGAUCUCGUUUUUAACCUACCAGCGAUGAAAAGAUGUUGGCAAGAGUGAGAGAAACCGAUUUUUUUUCUCCACCCGGAGCAAAUGUCGGACACCCUCAAUGUUGGGUGGUAUCUCCCCAUAUUGUACAACCACCCCCCACUCUCUCCACCUCCGAUAGUAACUACCCCUCCCAUUAAAGGGGAUGAUGAUAUCCGAAAAACCAACACAGUAAAAAAAAUUGCGUCUCCACACCUUCAAACCUCCAUCCGCGGGGGUCCGAUGAGAUAGUCGAGAGAAGAAAAAAGAGGGAAGCCGCCACAAAUGGACGAACUGUGUGUAUGGGGCGGGGGUGUACCGGAGGUGGCCGAAAAAGCCGCUGUGAGCUGGCUGACCAUGGUGCGAGUUUUGCGGGUCCGCAGUUAGUUCAGAUUCGGAGGGCAGCUGGCCCAGUUGUCGGUGUUGUCGCGUCGAAUUGUUUGUCGUUUUGCGUCGCUCGGAGAACACGCGGAGAACGGCUGUUGUAACGCUACUAUCGCACCGCAAACCGAGGAGAAGACGUACGAAACAAACAAAACGUGAAAAAUUGAAGGUAAAAAUCUCAACAGGAAGGAAGAGUGUGCAAAGAAAAAUGUGAAAAGCGGGGAAGCCAAUCCGUGUGUCCCGCAAAGCUGCUCGUGCGUGCGAAAGGAAAAAAAACGAACGCGUCGCGCGUGUGAUAAGCAAGCGUUUGUGGAAGAAAAUGACGAAGUUGUGAAACUGAAGUAUUCGAAUCGAACCAUAGUGAGAAGUGGGAGUUUGUGAAGGAUUGGCUGCCAUCCUGCCGGUGUGUGUGGCCGGUGUGAAGAUGAUGAAAAGAAACUACGAUGUGCAGCAUGUCGCUGCGGCCAGUCUGGCCAGCAGCAAGCACGGCAAAUCGUCGUCCAAUCUGUUCGACAAGCUGACGAAACGUUACUCGGGUGUGAUCGGUACGCGCUUUCUGCGAAAAACGCCCGGUCGGAAGGGUGGCGUGGCGGAACCGCUGUCCGAUAGCUACGACAUGUGCGGGAACCGGUCGGAUGACUUCCGGCCAGAGAUUGGUGCACCGGUGCUUAUCUCCAAGACGAUGAAGUUCGAUUUCGAUACGGACUCGUCGAUGGAGCAGUUGCCGCUACCGAGCGUUCCUACCAUGGAAAACCGGGUACGAUCGGUAGCGACACCAUCCACCUCGGAAGAUAGCGAAAAUGAUGUGUUUGUCGAUGCGAACAGUUCGCUACCGAACUUUGGUGACAUUAAGUUUACCUUCCUGCCGGAAAGCAAUAACAACUGUCGAAGCUUUCAGGACGAAAACGUGCGCCAGAGCAAUGGUGUGCUGGAGAAGAGUCGUUCCAAGUCAGCGCACAACCUCCAUCUACAUCAUCCGAGGUCCGAAAUGCGGCUGUCGCUUGCGAAAGCACCAUCGCUGAAUAUGUCCGCCAGCCCAACCAAUGGUGCCAUCACACUAUCCGUACCGAACAGUCCAGCGGUGGAAAGUAUUUACGAUUUUCCGCGCAGUACCCGUUCGGACGGUAUCCGGAAGCCGCACGGCGAAUCAUCGUACGAUCUGACGCGAUCGCAUCACAUCUUGAACGAGAUCAAUCUGUCGCUGGUAAGCGAUGACAGUCAUCUGUAUCAGAACCUCCCAAGUCCUGGUGAUGCACGGUACGAUGUACCGCUGGCGGGCUGUCGCCGAGAUUCGUCCUCCUCGAACAACUCCACGCAGGAGGAAGAGUUCGAUCUAAAGUCGGCAAGCUUCCAAAGCCUUGCGGAUGCUGGACCCGGCGCUAACCAGCUCGCCGUGUCCAUGGACGAGCUGGACGAGUUGACGCGCCAGAUCAAUCAGUCUACCGUGGGGCUUGGGUCGACUCCACUUCCGGACAGUGAGGAGUACUGCGAACAUCGGAAGCAACUCCACCCGUCCGAGCGUCGACUAACGCUGAUGAAGAACCGAAGCGUAUCCGGGAAGCAACUGAUUGACUUCGAUCGGCGCAAGGCCAAGAUCACGAAGAAGUGGAGCGGCUUCAAGAGCUGGAUCGGUGAGGAGCAGGGCCGCAUCCGGGAGGUGGUACAGAAGCAUGCCGCAAUGCAGCGCGUCGGUCUGGAGCCGUCCGGCGGUAAGGUGAAGCGCAACAACAGCGAUCUUACUGCAAGUGAUCAAGAUUCGCAACAGGAGGCUGACGGUACGACGAUGGUGACAACUCCCGAGUCAAGUGUCGUGCAGCGGGAACGAACGCUAUCGUCGGAGGACCGGGAAGGUGCACGGACGAUGCAUCGGAAGAGUGCCAACGCAGAGAUACUGGAGGGACAAAAUGGUUUCGAGGAGGUACGCCGUUUCGUCAAACAGGGCGGAGACUUCGGGAAAGAUUUGGUCGCCAUACUGCACGAGCGUACCGAGAUAGAGCAGCUGUACGCAAAAUCACUCUCCAAGAUUGCCAACAAACUGAACAAAGCUUGCCGGGAUCUGCCGGGCACGAUAGCCGACUCGUGGCGAUCCGUAUCGACCGAGCUGGAAGGACGCAGCGAGGUACACCGACAGUUCUCAAACUCGCUAGCGGAGGAGGUUGUGAAGCCGCUGAAGACAGUGAUCGAGAAUCAGCAUAAGGCGCGCAAAACGAUCGAAACCAACGUGGACAAAUCUGCUCGCAUACUGGCGGAAUGGCGGACGGCCGAGAUAAAGGCGAAGAAAAACUCACAUGCGGCGGCACGGGAAAAUGAAAAGCUACAGGAUGCCAUGCUGGAUGUGAAACUUCAACGAACUCCCUCCAUCGGACUGCUGCACAAAACCACCGAGAAGGAGGUAAAAGUGUCGGAAAAAGAUAGCAACAAACUCGAGGGCAAAAGAAAGAAGGCUGAAGAAGCGGUCAAGAAGGCGGAUGUAGAGUACUACACACUCUGUAUCCGGGCGGAGCGGGCCCGUGUUGACUGGGAAAUGUCCGUGCUUCGGGGGUCCUCCAUGUUGCAAACGCUCGAAAGCCAACGGUUGGCACAGUUCAAAACGCACGUCACCGAUUACCUCAAGCUGUCCGCCGAGAUGAGCCCGCUGUUGACGAAAACGAUCGACCGGCUCAGCCCGCAGGUUGCCGUGUGCAGUGUGGCCAAAGAUCUGGACGUGCUGAAGAACAUUCGCCGGGCGACGGAAGGGCCGAGCGAACAGCUGCUGCCCGAUUUCUACUGUGAGCACACCACGCUGGCCAUGAACCGUGAGCGACGAAAACAAUCGUUGGUGAAGUUGCUGCAGCUCAUCCGCCAAGAUUUGGACCGCGAGCGACGAUCGCGCAACGGUCUGAAAGGGUUCUCCCAGACACUGGACAAGAACGGUGAAAGCAAUCAGAAUAUUGCCGAUAAGCUUUAUCACAUACGAUCAAUGCUCACAUAUCUGGAAGGUGCGCGUUAUAAGCUACAAUCGGCACUUCUGGAACUUGACCAUAAGCCCCGCUCCAGUCAUCCCCUUGCACAACACAUUCAGAUCACCCGUGAUCGUACUGGCCUUCAGACAAGUGUGUUAAAGGUGCCCUUAUGGUUAAAGCACGAACAGGACGAUCAGGAGGGAAGCUUAGAAUCGGCGGCCGCGAACGGUCAAACCAUUGUCCACAGCUCAGACGAAAGUUCGGAUCAGGGAUGUUUAGAUAUCAAAAAUGAUACACUCAUCAAACACAUUGUGCACAAAUACGCUCGGAAAGGAUGUAAUGGAGACGAAGGACAUUACACUGUAAGUAAGGCUGGUAAAUCUGCGCUUCAAGACGAUCAUCAUGGUCCGGCCUGGGAUCGAGGCGUAGCCGAUGGAGUCUCCAAUCAACCCGAUUCCGAUUUUGAUGAAUUUUCCUCCCAGGAUGAGGAUGAAGAUCGUUGCUCGGUGGCACCGAAGCAGCUGCUAGAAAACGGUCAUCAUCCCUCCCUGCCAAACGGUGGCACAACGAACGUUGACCAUCCGGACGGUAUCGCGCACCAGCCAAUCGUACUUGGUCGCUGCCGGGCGUUAUUUAACUACACACCAAAGCUUUACGACGAGCUGGAACUGCAGCCCGGCGACAUACUGGAGGUGCACAUUAAGCAGGAGGACGGCUGGUGGCUCGGUGCACUCCGUGGACAGAUUGGAAUCUUCCCAGCAACGUACGUCGAGGAGAUACCGUAGCUGCCGUACGAUCGUACCCGCCAUGCCAUUGUAAAUAGCUCGGUGCACAUUUUGUACAGCAAGAGCAACAGAAGCAAUACGCAUCGAUCGAUUUUUAAAUGAAGAUACAAAGAGCAAAUAGCUAAUCUGUUAGUGCCGAUCGCAAUCUCUCCUAUUUAGGAAUCUGGUUUAAGGAUACGUUCCCCGAGAAUGGCGAAGCUGACGACAAAUGUCUUAAACUAUCGAAUCGCACCAGCGAAGCGAAUGUAAAUAUAAGAAAAUUGUGUAAGGAAGAAAGUUUCGGUGAUACAAUACGCGAAGAAACAACCAUCGACCGCACGCACAAGUAUUGAGAUGGUAUCGAAGAUAAAAGAAUGUGAAUAAAGUGAGUAAAUCAGAUUAUUUAAA